UAUGAUACGAGGAUAUACAUCCGUAUUGAGAAAAUCACUUUGGUAUUUACCAUCAAUGGGAUUCUCAAAGAAAUUGGGUAUUGGAGAAGCAUCCAGUGUAUUAGAAGAUAAAAUUAAAAAUAUUUCCUAAUUGGUAAAGGAUUAUAGUGAUAAAUUAGAAUGACAUCAAAGAAUAUGGUACAGUUAUCUCUAUUGGUGAUGGUAUUGCUAGAGUUUUUGGAUUGACAUAAGUUUAAGCAGGAGAAAUGGUUGAAUUCAGUUCAGGAGUAAGAGGUAUGGCCUUGAAUUUGGAAACAGAUAAUGUUGGUAUUGUCGUGUUGGGUAAUGACAGGUAAUUCAUUUUAAUUCAUUUAUUCUAGAGAUAUCUAAGAAGGAGAUAUUGUCAAAAGAACAGGAGCAAUUGUUGAUGUCCCUAUUGGAAUGGAAAUGUUGGGAAGAGUAUUUGAUGCACUUGGUAAUCCAAUUGAUGGACAUGGUCCAGUCAAAACAAAUGCAAGAAGAAGAGUUGAAUUAAAAGCACCAGGAAUUAUUCCAAGAAAGAGUGUCCAUGAACCAAUGUAAACAGGAUUAAAGGCUGUUGAUUGUUUAGUUCCUAUUGGAAGAGGAUAAAGAGAAUUGAUUAUUGGUGAUAGAUAAACAGGAAAGACUGCUAUUGCUAUUGAUACAAUUAUCAAUUAAAAACCAAACUUUGAUUCUGGUGACAAGAAUAAAUAAUUAUAUUGCAUUUACGUUGCUAUUGGUUAAAAGAGAUCAACUGUUGCUAACUUAGUCAAAAUUCUUACAUAAGCUGGUGCUAUGAAAUAUACAAUUGUGGUUGCAGCCACAGCCUCAGAAGCUGCUCCACUUUAAUAUUUAGCACCAUAUUCUGGUUGUGCUAUUGGAGAAUAUUUCAGAGAUAAUGGAAUGCAUGCUCUUAUUAUUUAUGACGAUCUUUCUAAAUAAGCCGUUGCUUAUAGAUAAAUGUCAUUAUUAUUGAGAAGACCACCAGGCAGAGAAGCCUAUCCAGGUGAUGUCUUUUAUUUGCAUUCCAGAUUGUUAGAAAGAGCAGCUAAACUUAAUGCAGAAAAUGGAAAUGGAUCCUUAACUGCCUUACCAGUCAUUGAAACAUAAGCUGGUGAUGUCUCAGCUUAUAUUCCAACCAAUGUUAUUUCUAUUACUGAUGGAUAAAUUUUCUUGGAAACUGAAUUGUUCUUUAAGGUAUCAUAAAUUCUAAUUUAAUUUAAGGGUAUUAGACCAGCUAUCAAUGUCGGUUUGUCAGUGUCAAGAGUCGGAUCAGCUGCUUAAAUCAAAGCCAUGAAAACAGUUGCUGGUAGACUUAAGUUAGAAUUGGCUUAAUACAGAGAAGUUGCUGCAUUUGCCUAAUUUGGUUCAGAUUUGGAUGCAGCUACCUAAUAAUUAUUAAAUAGAGGUGCUUAAUUGACUGAAUUACUUAAAUAAAAAUAAUACGUAAUUAUUUAUAGGAAUCAUAUUAUAGGUCCCAAUGUGUGCUGAAGAAUAAGUUUGUGUCAUUUAUGCUGGUGUCAGAGGAUUUUUGGAUAAAGUAUAAACUUCAGAAAUUGCAAAAUUUGAAGAGAAAUUCCUCACUCAUCUCAGAACCAAUUUCCCAGCUAUGUUAGAAAGAAUUAGAAGGUAUUUGUUAUAAUAAUAACUUUAGUACUGGUGAAUUAAGCAAAUAAGAUGAUGCUGAAUUGAAAAGUAUCUUAGAAGUCUUCAUCCCUGAAGCUGGUCUUGCUAUGAAAUAGUGAUCAAUUAUAAAUAAUAAUACAAUAUAUAAAAUAAUAAUUUAUUAGUAUGUAAAUUACAUUUGCACAAAUAAGACCUUUAUAACUUGGAUAAUCUCUCUAUGUAACAGGAAAUUGCAAUGAGUUAGGACAUUGGAAUCCUGAUAAAGCAAUUAAAUUAAAUUAUAAUGAGACUAAUUUGUGGUUAUGUUAAAUUUAUAUUAAUAUUGAAAAUGUAGUUGAAUAUAAGUACUUUGUAGCAUAAACAAAUAAUCCCACAUAAGACAUAAAAUGGGAUGAAGGAAAUAAUAGAGUUCUUGAUAGAAUGAUGAAUACUGAAUAGCUAAAAAUUAUGACAUUUAAUAUAAGAUAUGAUUGUAAAGAGGAUGGAAAGAAUGAUUGGAAUCAUAGAAAAUAAAUUGUUUACAAAUUAAUAAAAUAAAUUAAUCCUGAAAUAUUUGGAUUAUAAGAAGUACUUGCUCAUUAACAAGCAGAUUUAUUAUAAAAUUUAUAAGUGAAUUAUAAUUCUAUAGGCAGAGGGAGAUAGUGUAAUUUUUGGGAUGAUGAAGCAUGCCCUAUUUAUUAUGAUAUGAUUAAAUAUAAUUUAAUUUAGGCUGAAAUAUUUUGGUUUUCAGAUACACCACAUAUUGCAGGAUCAAAAAGUUAUGGUAAUGGAUUUCCUCGAAUAUGCACACAUGUUUAAUUAUUGCAUAAACAAAGUCAAAAAAUAUAUCAUGUUUACAAUGCCCAUUUUGAUCAUGAAAAUAAAAUUUCAUAGAUUAAGUCAGCUGAGUAAAUUAAAAGACAUAUUUAAUAAUAUUGUUCUCCUGAAGAUAAAAUUAUUGUAAUGGGAGAUUUGAAUAGUUUACCAUUAAGCGAGCCGGUUAAAAUCUUGACUUCUUCUAUAUGGUAAGAUUUUAAAUUAGAAAAUACAAUUGGUAUUAUAGAUAUGCCAUUAGCAACAUAUCAUGCAUGGUAUGGAUUAAAAUUAGGCAUACAUAUAGAUUAUAUUUUCUUGGGUAAUCUUAAGUAGAAGAAUAUGAUGAUUAUAAAUGAUUAAAUUAGUGGAUAAUAUGCAUCAGAUCACUUUCCAAAAGUUAUAGUUUGUGAAUGA